CCCGCCUCCCCAGCCCCCAGUUUUCUGCGCCAGCGGUGUGUCACAGGCUGUGCUGCCGCCGGAGCGACCCGAGGGAGGCUUGAUCUCGUCGGUCAACCGUAACUGGCACCACUGUGAGGCUGAGGAACCGCUUCACGACGUUUAAGCGGUGUACCGUGUUGGAGGCACUUUACAGCUCGCACUGUCCCAGCCCUCCGUCUUGAUGUCGGACUUCAAGCUCGGGAUCGUGCGGCUGGGCCGUGUGGCCGGGAAGACAAAAUACACCCUGAUAGAUGAGCAGGAUAUUCCACUUGUGGAAAAUUAUGCUUUUGAGGCACGUAUGGAAGUCGAUGCAGAUGGUAAUGGGGCCAAAAUCUUUGCCUAUGCUUUUGAUAUUGGCAAGGGUCGCUGGGCAGGAAGGCCACUACAUGAGUUGCUUUGGGAGAAGCAUCGAGGAGGCAUUGCACCUAGUUUUCAAGUCAUCCAUAUCAAUUCUGUAACAGUGGACAACCGGUUAGACAACCUUCGACUAGUGCCAGUAGGAUGGACCCCCAAACCAGAGGAAAUUUCUAGCAAACAAAGAGAGCAGUCCCUUUACUGGCUUGCCAUCCAGCAGGUACCUGCUGACCCAGUUGAAGAACAAUAUUUGGAACUGAGCCGCACACGCUACUAUAAUGCCAAUGGAGAAUUAGUGGAGGAAGAGGAAUGCUCCUGCACCUACUACGAAUGUCACUACCCUCCAUGUUCACUAAUUGAGAGGAGGCUCCGGGAAUUUAACAUCUGUGGUCGCUGCCAGGUAGCUCGGUAUUGUGGCUCUCAAUGCCAGCAGAGGGACUGGCCCGCUCACAAGAAGCAGUGCCGUGAACGCAAGCGGGUCCUGGCCCUGGAGUCUGAGCCUGAGCGGUGAUCUCCUGUUAUCCUCAUCUGGGACACGGCAAGGAGAUGAAUUGGGUGGGAUGGGUAACACUUUAUGGGAUGUGAACCAAGAUGAAUUCUCAAAGAUGAGACUAAUGAUGGAAAGGCUUUGGUUUUCCAAGGACUCAAAAGAUUUGGAAGACAAAGAAAGACAUAUACCGUUUCCCAGAACUGGUCAAUCCCCAUAGCUUGUGUUUAUGUGGAUAACGGGAAACAGUAUAAUAUUUUUGUCUUCAUUAUUCUCGAGGGAAGGACCACUCUUGAGCUCUACCUGCUGCUAUGGGUUUUGUAAGCAAGGGGGACAAACAUCCUUGGACCACGGUUGGACAUAGACGCUUGUCAGUAUCGCCUCUAGGUGUGUAGACAUCUGUGUAAACGGGGACCCAGGAGCUUCGGUACCUGUCAUUCUGCUGGCACAACCACAAAUGGACCUUUUCACUGUACUGCUUCCCCCUGACGUUUGAUACAAAGCUGCUGUCAUGGUCACCUCAACCGCCUCACUGUCAAACUCCCCUCACAGCCAACUCUGAUUUCACUAGACAAAUCGCACUACCAGUAUUGAGUGUUUGUGUCCGUAUGCGUAUUUGCUGCAUAUUUGUACUAAAGGAUGAAAAUGAUCAAAUUAAGGCAGGGUUAUUCUUUGUCUUGUUUUCACAAGGGCCAUAUGUCACUGUUUUAAUCUAACAUUUAAACAUGGAUUUGAUUUAAAAUAAUUCACCUAGUCUAUAUAAUAAAGUAGCUGCCGAACACAGGCUUUAAAUAUGUUACUGGUUUUAAAUGUCAUGUUUUCAUGUGUAUAACACGGUACCAAAUUGGACAACUAAAUAAUAUUUAACUUUAAAAUUAAAUUAAAUUUACAUUUUUAUCAUUGAAGAUGUGAUCCAAACUUGGGUUUCCCAAAGUAUCUACAUUUUCUCGUCAUUUUUGUCUGUUCAUAAAUUUAAAAGCAAUAGUCUAUGAUAAGUGGACAAGGCUUCAGUCUCACCUGUGAAGGUUUGCUGUUGGGCUAUUUUCAGUACUAUUUCUGUUCUGCAACAUGGUGACAUAAAGCCUAAGAGUUAUCAUGGGGCACAUUUUAACUACCAAGGGGAGGGGGGUGAACAUUUUACCCAUAUUGCUUAUUUAUUCAACUAAUUGUUAAGGUUAAUUCCUACUUCUGCUAUUUACCAUUAAAAUUUCACACCGACUGUCAGUUCUUCCACUUGACAGAUUUCAUGGUGUAAAAAAACUUGAAUUCCUCCUUUACAGUUUUUCCCUAAGACAACUGUUCAAGUCAAACUGUUCAGUGUCAACUUUCGCCUAAUCACCUGCCUUCCUUGUAUUACCUUACCUGUAAUGCACACAUGCUUACUGUGUCUUCUUGUGUCUUAGGUGUGGAGUCCAGACACUUACAAAGCAUGUGGUAUGAUUUACAUGCGACUUGUUGAUUGUUGACCUUUUGUAUGAAUGAUUUUCACUGCACUAUGAUGAAGAUCCUAUGUUUGGUGCACAUGUCAGAAUGGAGCUGAAGGGAGGGUGUGUGUUUGUGAGUGUGUGUAUAGAUGUGUCUGAGAACUUGUUUUGUAUAAGCAUUAAUCACAUAGAAAUAAAGAGCUACAAUAUGUGAAUGAAGUAAAA